AUGAAGGUUGUUGGAGAGGCUAUUCUUUCUUCUGCCGUUGGAUUGUUGUUUGAUAAGCUGGGCUCGUCUGAGUUGCUCAAGUUUGCUCGCCAAGAGAAUGUCUUUGCUGAACUCGAAAACUGGAGGAACGAACUGUUGCUUAUCGAUGAAGUGCUGGAUGACGCGGAAGAGAAGCAGAUUACAAGAAAGUCCGUGGAAAAAUGGCUGCGUGAUCUCAGAGACUUGGCCUACGAUAUGGAAGACGUACUGGAUGAGUUUGCCACCGAGAUGUUGCGGCGCAAGUUGAUGGCAGAACGUCCUCAGGUGUCUACCACAAGUAAGGUACAGAACCUCAUCUCCCUCAUCUCAACUUUCCUUUCUAGUUUCAUUCCUCUUGGUGGUGUUAAUUUUAAAGUGGAGAUGGGGUCCAAGAUUAAUGAAAUCAGUAGACGGUUGGACGAUAUUUCAACUCGGCAAGCUAAACUGGGUUUGAAAUUGGAGCUUGGGGUUGGGCAAUGUGGGGAGACGUUUGCAUCUGGAGGAAGAGCUUCUCCUUGGCAACGGCCACCCACGACAUCUUUGAUUAAUGAACCUGUUCAAGGCAGGGAUAAAGAUAAGAAGGAUAUUAUUGAUUUGCUGUUGAAGGAUGAAGCAGGGGAAGACAACUUUCGUGUACUUCCCAUUGUUGGUAUUGGAGGGACCGGCAAGACUACACUUGCCCAGCUCAUUUGCCAGGAUGAAGCUGUAAUGAAGCUUUUUGACCCCAUAGCUUGGGUUUGCAUAUCAGAGGAAAGGGAUGUGGCGAAAAUAUCAAAAGCAGUUCUCCAUGCUGUUUCUCCUAAUCAAAAUAUAGAUCUUAUGGACUUCAAUAUAGUUCAACAUAGCUUGGGAGAGAUAUUGACUCAAAAAAGGUUUUUACUAGUUUUAGACGACGUGUGGAACAUAAACAGCUAUGAGCAAUGGAAUAGUUUGCAGAUCCCAUUGAAUUGUGGAGAAAAAGGAAGUAAGAUCAUAAUAACAACACGUAAUGCAAAUGUUGCAAGAUCAAUGGGGGCAUAUGAUCGCUGCUACAAUCUCCGCCCUUUAUCUAAUGAUGAUUGUUGGUCUGUGUUUGUAAGGCACGCUUGUGAAGAUGAAAAUAUUGAUGUACGGAAAAAGUUGGAAACAAUACAUCCAAAAGUUACAAGUUGUUGCGGGGGUUUACCCUUAGCAGCAAGGGUGCUCGGUGGCCUUGUACGCUCUAAACUACAUGAUCACAAAUGGGAAGAUAUAUUGAAUAACGAAAUUUGGAGAUUACCAAGUCAAAGGCGAGUGUUAAGAUUAAGCUACUAUCAUUUGCCUUCUCAUUUAAAGAGAUGUUUUUCUUACUGUGCAUUAUUUCCCAAGGAUUAUGAAUUUGAGAAGAAGGAACUAGUCUUGUUAUGGAUGGCUGAAGGCUUAAUUCACCAAUCAGAAGGAGAUGAGCUUCAAAUGGAAGAUUUAGGUGCUAAUUAUUUUGAUGAAAUGUUAUCAAGGUCAUUUUUUCAGCCAUCGAGUAAUAACAAGUCAAACUUCAUUAUGCAUGGCCUAAUUCAUGAUCUAGCUAGAGAUAUUGCAAAAGAAAUAUGUUUUAGUUUGAAGAAGGAUGAGAUGAAGAAUAACAAGCUACAUAUAAUUUCUGGAAGGACUCGUCAUGCAUCAUUCAUUCGUAGUGAGAAAGAUGUGCUUAAAAGCUUUCAAGUACUUAACAGAACGGAGCAUUUAAGAACAUUUGUGGCAUUGCCGAUCAAUAUAAAUGAUCAGAAAUUCUACUUAACUACUAAGGUUUUUCAUGACUUGUUGCAAAAGUUGAGACAUUUGAGGGUGCUCUCCUUGAGCGGUUAUGAGAUAACUGAGUUACCAGAUUGGAUUGGUGAUUUAAAACUCUUGCGAUAUCUUAACUUGUCUCAUACUGCAAUCAAAUGGUUGCCUGAAUCAGCGAGUUGUCUCUACAAUCUACAAGCGUUGAUAUUAUGCAAUUGUAUAAAUCUUACUAAGUUGCCUGUGAAUAUUGGGAAUGUGAUUAACCUUCGCCAUCUUGAUAUCAGUGGCUCAAUUCAACUAAAAGAGAUGCCUUCACGGUUAGGUGACUUGAUAAAUUUGCAAACAUUGUCCAAGUUUAUUGUGGGCAAACAUAAAAGAUCAGGAAUAAACGAAUUGAAGAGCUUGUUGAAUCUUAGAGGAAAGCUGUUUAUUUCAGGGUUGCACAAUAUUGUGAAUAUAAGGGACGUAAAGGAAGUCAACUUAAAAGGGAGGCAUAACAUUGAAGAGCUAACAAUGGAAUGGAGCAGCGAUUUUGAAGAUUCAAGAAAUGAAACUAAUGAAUUGGCGGUCUUCAAGUUACUACAACCUCAUGAAAGUUUGAAAAAGCUUGUUGUUGUGUGUUAUGGUGGACUAACCUUCCCAAAUUGGUUAGGAGAUCAUUCAUUCACAAAAAUAGAGCACCUGAGUCUCAAAAGUUGCAAAAAACUCACACGGCUACCACCGCUUGGGAGAUUACCUCUACUCAAGGAGUUGCACAUUGAAGGGAUGGAUGAAAUUACAUGCAUAGGUGAUGAGUUCUAUGGGGAGAUUGUGAAACCUUUCCCAUCUUUGGAGUCUUUGGAGUUUGAUAAUAUGUCAAAAUGGAAAGACUGGGAGGAAAGCGAAGCAUUAUUUCCUUGCCUCCGAAAGCUUACAAUAAAAAAAUGUCCAGAACUGGUUAACUUGCCGAGUCAGUUGCUUUCCAUUGUGAAGAAGCUUCAUAUUGAUGAAUGCCAAAAAUUGGAAGUGAAUAAAUACAACAGGGGGUUGUUAGAAGGUUGUGUUGUUGAUGUGCCUUCACUCACCCAGUUUUACAUUGGGGGGACUUCAAGGUUAAGUUGUUUAUGGGAAGCGAUCGCUCCAUCUUUAACAGCUCUAAAAACUUUGCAGAUUAAUCAAUGUGAUGAUCAGCUGGCAUGUUUGGGGAAGCAUGGAUCUGGACUGAAAAGGCUUGGUCGUCUUCGAAAUUUAGAGAUCACCAGUUGCAAUGGAGUUGAAUCCUUGGAAGGGCAAAGACUGCCUCGCAAUCUUAAAUAUUUGAUUGUGGAAGGGUGUCCCAACCUAAAGAAGCUGCCAAAUGAAUUAGGAAGCCUCACAUUUCUUUUAAGGUUGAGAAUUGAGAAUUGCUCGAAACUUGUGUCAUUCCCAGAGGCUAGUUUCCCACCAAUGGUAAGAGCUCUUAAGGUGACAAAUUGUGAGGGUCUCAAGUCACUGCCCCAUAGAAUGAUGAAUUACAGCUGUGUCCUUGAGUACUUGGAGAUUAAAGGUUGCCCAUCUCUUAUUAGCUUUCCAAAAGGCAGGCUUCCCUUCACCCUUAAGCAGCUGCACAUUCAAGAAUGUGAAAAACUAGAGUCUCUGCCUGAGGGAAUAAUGCAGCAACCUUCAAUUGGCAGCAGCAACACUGGUGGCCUUAAAGUAUUGUCUAUAUGGGGAUGUUCAUCUCUCAAGUCCAUUCCAAGAGGUGAGUUUCCCCCCACCCUUGAGACACUUUCGUUUUGGAAAUGCGAGCAAUUGGAGUCAAUUCCAGGGAAGAUGUUGCAAAAUCUCACAUCUCUUCAUUUGCUCAACAUAUGUAAUUGUCCAGAGCUGGUAUCCUCCACGGAAGCAUUUUUGACCUCCAACCUUAAAUUACUUGCUAUUUCAGAAUGCCAGAAUAUGAAGAGACCUCUAUCUGAGUGGGGCCUUUACACACUCACCUCUCUUACACACUUCAUGAUCUGUGGUCCAUUUCCAGAUGUGAUUUCUUUUUCAGAUGAUGAGACUCAGCUUUUUCUUCCUACAUCUCUCCAGGAUCUUCAUAUAAUUAAUUUCCAGAACUUGAAAUCCAUAGCCUCCAUGGGACUCCAAAGCCUCGUCUCUCUGGAAACUCUUGUGUUGGAGAACUGUCCUAAGCUCGAGUCUGUUGUACCAAACGAAGGACUGCCACCCACGCUUGCAGGGCUUCAAAUCAAGGAUUGUCCUAUUCUAAAGCAGAGGUGCAUCAAAGACAAAGGAAAAGAUUGGCUCAAGAUUGCCCAGAUCCCCAAAGUUGUAAUAGAUGAAAUUACACAACAAUAA